AUGGAGAACUUCGAGGUGCGAGCAAAGUCGUUCACUAUCAAGUGGGUCAAUGCUCCGGACAAUUCCACCGUGAAAUGGGAACUAAAACCGUUGAAACGAUCUGUUAACUUUGGAAUUUAUGAAUACAGCAAAACAGACUUUCCGGCCCCUUCGACGGCUCCAAACUCCUCGUCAACAACAUUGUCUGAGAACUUGAGCCUUGAUGAAGUCAAUGAAGUUCCACACAAGAUGUUUGGAGUGUUGCAUCAGAAUCUACGCGAUUCUUUCGAGUCCCUUGCAUCUCAGAGUCCGGCCAAUCCUUCGGCUCCCAAUGAACCGUCCACAGGAUCACUUCCAAGACAAAAUACGACGAUGUCCACAAGCUCGGAGAAGAGAAAACGUUCAGAAAGCGUUUCGUCUCUCCACGAUUCUCGCACUCUUUUGGAAGAAAAGAUAGAUAAACACCUGGUGAAAAAAGAAUGGAUCGGAAGAUGUCAAGGAGACGAGCUCGUUACGGGAACAUUUGAAGUGGGUUCCGGGUCCCUUUUUGCAUUCAUUUUCGACAAUACUUUUAGCAGACACAAAGCGAAAACAAUCAUGUUUAAUCAGUACAUCGAAACGAACGGACAAGUGUAUCAGGCAGCUGAAAUUCCACAGCCAUUGUCUUCCUACCAGUUGAACCCCAUAGCUGAACAAAAAAGUGUGGACGAGACAGAGGUGUCGAGACCGCACGAGGCCGCCAGUGCGCCUGUUGGAAACACCAACGGCGGAAUUAUCAAUAGAAGGACGUCAGUUGUCUCUGCGCCAUUACAGAAUCAUGUGAGAUUCAACGUCCCCGAAAAUGAAGUAGCCUCCAAAUCAAAGAAUGUGUCAUUUCUGAGGGUCAAAGGUGGCCAGUAUCUCCAGGGAUUUUUGCUCAAGAAGAAACGCAGACGGGGAGGAGCGAAAAGCUUUGCCAGAAGAUACUUUGUUCUAAAUUUCAAAUACGGAGUACUGGACUACUACUUCAACGACGUCACAAACCACGUCCGUGGUAACAUGUUCAUCAGAAACGUUGUCAUCUCAGCCGAUCCAAAGCAGCUGAUGAUGUUUCUGGAUUCCGGAAUUGAACAGUGGAUUUUGAAAGCAAUGAACCAAGAAGAUUUCAAGAUCUGGGUUCAAGCCUUCAAUUUCAUCAAAAGGCAAAACAAACUCACACAGCAAAUGGACAUUCAAGAAAACGAUGCGUUUCUAUCGGCUUCUUCUCCCGGGGAGGGCCAAGAGGACCAGGAAGGAGCUACUUUUGAGGAUGAGAUCAGGGUGGGGAGAACGCUAUCAGUGAUAAAUCCUCAGUACAAGUUGGUUGAGCAAAAGAUUUCUCAGAUCAAGGAGAUGGCGGAAAAUCUUCAAGCACAGGCAAAGCAGCCAAAGAGAGGAAGUAUGGAUAGAAGAGGCUCUUUUUUCCGCAAGAAGAAUAAAAAGGAGCAGAGUGACGAUCAGUUCGACCAGGAAAGCAUAAAUGGAGCAGCCCCAGCUUCGCUGUCUGGCGGAUCUUUAUAUGAUAGCUUGGUUUCUGAAAUCAGAGAGUUGCAGGUGCAAUAUAUGUUGCUGGUCAACACGGAAACUAAUAGGGGAUUCAGCAGGCCUCCCCAAUCUCCAUCGAGAAGAACUCUUACGAGGACAAAUACAGCUACCACCUCUGUGUUUUCCCAAGAGUUUUUUGAUGCCCAAGAAUACAUUGAUGAAAUGAACCGUGGAGUCUAUUUGGUCCAAUCCAGUGACGAGGAAGAUAGCGAGCGCGAGAAUAAAUACGACGAUGCCAGCAUGUCAAAUAUUUUUGACAAGCCGCCUUUCGGGCUCGCAAUGGAUAAUGAUCUUUCGAACUCGACGUCCUCAUCGGAUGAAGAUGACAGCGAUCAAAAAGAACUGGCGAUUGCAGCCGGAAGACAAUUUUCUGCUCGAGAGGACUUGUAUCCUUUGGAAUCUGGCAAAUACGUACAAUACAGGAAGGACAUAAAGGAGAGCCCUUGCGAUCCUCCGUCUUUGAUCGGGUUUUUGAGGAAAAACAUUGGAAAGGACUUGUCGUCCAUAUCGAUGCCGGUUUCAGCCAACGAGCCACUCUCAUUACUACAGAAAUAUUCAGAAAGCUUUGAGUACACGCACCUGUUGACAGAUGCAAUGAAAGCGCCCGUCGAGAGUGGCCAGAGGGUGCUAUUGAUUGCAGCCUUUGCUGUGAGCUAUCUCUCUUCGUUGAGGGUAAAAAUCAGAAGCGUUAGAAAACCAUUCAACCCGCUGCUUGGUGAAACUUUUGAGCUUGUGAGAAAUGACUUGGGAAUCAGGUUCAUUGCCGAGAAACUCGUUCAUAGACCAUUCAUAAUUGCCGCACAUGUGGAUUCAAAAGACUGGACCGUUGACCAUGUUUUGUCGCCUCAACAGAAAUACGGAGGCAAGUCUGCCGAGGUUUCCAUAGUUGGAGAGCUGACCUUGAGAUUAAGCAAUGGCGAGGUUUACAAGUGGAGUCAGCCAACAACGAUCCUGAAGAACCUCAUUGCUGGUGAGAAAUAUUCGGAGCCUUGUGCGUCCGUUACUGUCAGUUGCAGCAGCGGCUAUAAAGCAAUUGUGAAUUUCAAGGCAUCUGGAAUGUUUUCCGGACGCUCUGAGGAGCUGACUAUCAAAGCCUACGAUGAAGCAGGUAACCAGCUACCAAAGGAAGUGAUUGGUACGUGGACAGACAGUCUCAGAUACACCGAUACUGACGAAUGCUUGUGGAAAGUUGGGAACCUGGUGCCAAAUUACCAAAAGAAGUAUGGAUUCACCGAGUUUGCGGCCAGCCUCAAUCAGAUCACAGAAAUAGAUGAAGGCUGUGCACCGACCGACUCAAGAUUGCGUCCAGACCAGCGCAAAUACGAGGACGGUGCCGUUGACGAGGCAGAGGAGAUAAAGCAGAAUUUGGAAGAAGAACAGAGGAAGAGAAGAAAAAACCCGGACGGGACAGACGCUGUGCAUGUACCAGCAUUUUUCCAGAAAACUGGUGACGGCGACUACGACUGGAGCUUCAUUGAAGGGGAGCACAGCUACUGGAGCCGCCGCAAGAGAAAUGAUUGGGAUGGCCUCGUGAAGCUGUGGUAA